AUGAUCUAUAUAGACAACAACGGCGAGCUCGGUGUGGAUGUCUCUACAUCCCUUGCAGGCUGUGAAAGGGCCAUUUUUACCGAAGAUCUCAAGCAGAGCUUUGUCAGAGCUGUGACUACCGAUUGGCAGCCAAACAUGCAGAAUUUCCCGUCCGCCGGGGCGAUUGGAGCAGCACAUGCUGAACUACCGGAAAGGCAAUCCUUUAUGUUUAAUGCCGGACUGGAUCUACAGUCUAGCCCAGCGUGGUUCCAGCAUGGCCUACCAAGGCAUCCCAGGCUCAUCCCUUGCGAAUUCCAGACUUUGCAAAAUAAGCGCCCGCGGAGGAACAGGAAGCGCACAAGCUCGGAAAUGGGUGGUGAUUCAGAUUCAGAUUCGACUGACGGGGCAGUCAAACGGACACCAAUUCGCGUAGGACAGACCGAUGUGCUGCGCCAGUUCUACGAAAAAGCCUUUGAAAAUCUCCAACAGCUCAAUUGCAGGGUGAUUGCAAAGGCGUUUGUCAAGCUGGUGGAACCUCGGAAGCAAGUCAAUCACCCGUACAAUGGCCGCAGGACAGUGAUGGGAGGACCUUGCCAGAAGUUGGACCCUGAAUUGACCAAGCCCAAGUGGUGGCCUACAGGCGUUCAGCACAAGGAGCCAGAUCACCUCCUCAAGCAUGAGAGAAUUCGACUUCUUAUGCACAUUCUCUGCGAAUUGAGAGAAAGCAAUGCAAUCACUGCGCAAAAGCUCCGAGAGGCUGGGCAGGAUGUGCACCGGCAAAUCGCACCGCCUCAGCGUCUGUUCAUCUUGGACGAGAUUUAUGAUGUCCGGGAAAUCGAGGAACUAUAUUUGAGCGGAAAAAUCAGCGGUGAUACUGUUAUUUUUGUCUCCUCAAAGCAUCUGCCAGAGGGAAUUGAGCCGGCAGUAGUGAACAUGAACGAAAAGCAAAUCGCUGAGGCAGACUACUUGCCUUUGUCCCCAGUGUCCAUCAGUCGUAAAAGCUCAGUUGAGAGCGGACUAUCAUCUCUCUCAAAGGGUAUGGAUCCAUCCAUCAAUUCCAGUGAGCAAACGCAGGCGCUGCAUGGGCAUGCAGCGCCUCCUUCGACUGCCUCCAAUUCUUUGCCGGGUUUCUAUGCUCAGCAUUCGAUAUUGUGGAGCCAUGGAACCCCUGCGACGAAUGUGCCAUUUAGUAUCUCGUCAAACUGA